GGGGAAGAAUCAAAAACUUCUAAAACCCUCUCUCUUUCCCAAAUCUCGCCUUCAUCUUCUUCCUUCCAGCAAACUUCAUGCUCCAUUAAUGUCAGUUGCAGAAAUUAGAUAACUCAACCAUCUGACCCUGAUUUUACCUCCAUUUCCCUUCUCCGUUCAGAUAUAAUUGUCCCUAAAACAAAAUUCAUUGUCUUUUUAUAAUCAGAACCCACAAUAUGUGGAGCUACGGAGGUAUUUUUCCGUGAUAUUGAAAAUACUUUGCCGGUCUGUUUCUGGGGGUUUCAUUCAGCAGUUGUAGCGGAGUUUAAAGUACAAUUAUAACAGGUUUUCAAACACUGUAAAGAUAUCAACAAAAUGGCAAGUCAGCCAGAAGGAGAAAAAUCUGAGCAAACAGUGAGUGUCCCAGCAGCUGAGCUUGGAGAGAUGAUACAAGAACGGUAUAGGAAAAUCAAAGAGCAUGCAGAAACUUAUCCCUACGUGUGGGCUUCUUAUAUAGUCGUUUAUGGUGGUUUUGGACUCUGGACUGCUUACAGAUGGAGAAAGCUCCGCAAGACCGAGGACAGGGUACGUGCUCUCCAAGAGAGGUUGCGAAAGCUUGUUGAAGAGGAGUCAGCAAACCCUUCCACACCAGUUCAAAAGGCUCCACCUUCUGAAAAAACCCCCAAAUAGUCAUAUGCUUAAGCUCAUCUCCUUUUACACAGAAUUUCUUCAAUUGGGAUUUGGCAAUAGAUGAUGUUUGAAUCGUGCUUUCUCAAGUUUACUGAGAAAUGUGGAUAUUCAAGUGCCUGAUUUCUGACUUCGAAAUCAUGUUUGGA